AUGGAGGAGCUGACGGCGUUCGUCUCCAAGUCGUUUGACCCCAAAGCGAAGGAGAAGAAGGAGCUCAUCACCUACCGCGAGGUGCUGGAGAGCGGGCCCCUGCGCGGCGGCGGACCGCGGGAGACCGGCGCAACCGCGGCGGAACCGGGCCGCGACGAGGCGGGCAGCCCCGCGGCGCGGGCGGGCGGCGGGCGGUCCCCGCCGCGGGAGCCCGACGCCGCCGCCGCCGCCGAGAGAGCCGCCGAGGCGGCUACCCCCAAGCUCAGCGACGUCUCCCCAGAGCUGAAGGACCGCAAGGAGGAUGCGAAGGCGAUGGAAGACGAAGGGCAGACGAAAAUCAAGCAGAGGAGGAGCCGGACGAAUUUCACCCUGGAGCAGCUGAACGAGCUGGAAAGGCUUUUCGACGAGACCCACUACCCGGACGCCUUCAUGCGGGAGGAGCUGAGCCAGAGGCUGGGGCUGUCCGAGGCCAGGGUGCAGGUCUGGUUCCAGAACCGAAGAGCCAAAUGCCGAAAGCAAGAAAACCAACUCCACAAAGGGGUGCUGAUCGGCGCCGCCAGCCAGUUCGAAGCCUGCCGGGUGGCCCCCUACGUGAACGUGGGCGCGCUGCGGAUGCCCUUCCAGCAGGCAAGUCGCUGCCACGCGCCGCCCUUCUCCCGGCAGGUUCAGGCGCAGCUGCAGCUGGACAGCGCCGUGGCCCACGCCCACCACCACCUCCACCCGCACCUGGCCCACGCACCCUACAUGAUGUUCCCCGCUCCCCCCUUCGGGCUACCGCUGGCCACCCUGGCCGAGUCCGCCUCCGCCGCCUCCGUGGUGGCCGCCGCCGCCGCCGCCAAGACCACCAGCAAGAACUCCAGCAUCGCCGACCUCCGCCUGAAGGCCAAGAAACACGCCGCCGCCCUGGGGCUGUGA